GUUAUUAUCUGCAGUGUGGACCCAAGUGUCUUAUGUUUCUUAGCACCGUUUCGAGAGUGAAAGCCCUGCAAGUGUAUCCUCACAGCGGGAAAACCGCCCUUUUUCCGUCAAUUUUUAAUUGAUUUUGCUGCCUUUCUGUACUGCUAAUAAAGAUCUGAGGAAGUAGACCUUAGUCUAGGAAAGCUCCUGCUGGCCCCUUCUUUCUCUCAUGAAGAAGAAAAUCAAUAUGUCUUCUGUUCCUAUUUCACAUUCCCCUGCCCAGCUAACUGUGGCAUCACAAGUUCCUUUUGGAGAUCUCUGUUCAACAUUAGAACGAAUGCAGAAAUGUAAAUCUCGACAAGAGAAAACAAAGUAUUUCAAAGAUUUUUUAGAUUCCUGGAGGAAAUUUCAUGAUGCCCUUCAUAAAAAUGAGAAGGAUGUGAUAGAUUCUUUUUAUCCUGCAAUGAGACUUAUUCUUCCCCAGUUGGAAAGGGAGCGGAUGGCUUAUGGAAUUAAAGAAACUAUGCUUGCUAAGCUCUAUAUUGAGCUGCUAAAUUUACCCAAAGAUGGAAAAGAUGCUUUAAAACUUCUGAAUUAUCGAACACCCACUAGUUCACGAGGAGAUGCUGGAGACUUUGCUAUGAUUGCCUAUUUUGUGCUGAAGCGAAGAUGCCCCAAGCAAGGCCAGCUGACCAUACAACAGGUGAAUGAUCUUUUAGAUUCUGUUUCUACCAAUAAUGCUGCUAAAAGAAAAGAUCUGAUGAAAAAGAAUCUUCUUCAGUUAAUAACUCAGAGCUCAGCGCUUGAACAGAAAUGGUUGAUCAGAAUGAUUGUAAAGGAUUUGAAACUUGGCAUCAGCCAGCAAACUAUAUUUUCUAUCUUCCAUCCUGAUGCUGCAGAAUUGCACAGCGUUACCACGGAUUUGGAGAAGGUCUGUAGACAGUUGCACCACCCCACAGUCAGUCUUAGUGAUGUUUCUAUUACAUUAUUUUCUGCCUUUAAACCAAUGCUUGCUGCUAUUGCCAACAUAAAGCAGAUUGAAAAACAAAUGAACAACCAGAGUUUUUACAUAGAAACCAAAUUAGAUGGUGAACGAAUGCAGAUGCACAAAGAUGGAGAUGUUUACAAAUAUUUUUCCCGAAACGGGUAUGAUUACACUCAGCAGUUUGGUGCUUCUCCCCUUGAAGGCUCAUUGACUCCAUUUAUUCAUAAUGUUUUUGAAAGCAAUGUUCAGAACUGCAUAUUAGAUGGUGAAAUGAUGGCCUACAAUCCCACAGCACAGACCUUCAUGCAAAAAGGAAGCAGAUUUGAUAUUAAAAGGAUGGUAGAUGAUUCUGAAUUACAGACAUGCUUCUGUGUCUUUGAUGUUCUAAUGGUUAAUGAUCAAAAGUUGGGUCAUGAGAUGCUGAGCAAAAGAUAUGAUGUACUAAAUAAGAUCUUUACACCAAUACCAGGCCGAAUACAGGUGAUUUCUAAAACUCAAGCAAACACUCGGAAAGAAGUAGUAGAUGCUCUAAAUGAAGCAAUAGAUAACAGGGAAGAAGGCAUUGUUGUAAAAGAUCCUAUGUCAGUAUACAAGCCAGACAAACGUGGAGAAGGAUGGCUGAAGAUUAAACCAGAGUAUGUCAGUGGACUGAUGGAUGAACUAGAUCUCUUAGUUGUUGGGGGCUACUGGGGAAAAGGUCUCCGUGGUGGCAUGAUGUCACAUUUUUUGUGUGCAGUUGCAGAGACUCCUCCGCCCGGUGAAAAACCAUCUGUGUUCCUUUCCAUCUGUCGUGUUGGUUCAGGGUACACCAUGAAAGAGUUGUAUGAUCUUGGCUUGAAAUUAGCCAAAUACUGGAAACCAUAUCGUAAAAAGGAUCCUCCCAGUAAUAUCCUAUGCGGAACAGAGAAGCCUGAAGUCUAUAUUGAACCUUGUAAUUCAGUCAUUGUUCAGAUUAAAGCAGCUGAGAUUGUAAAUAGUGAUAUGUACAAAACGGACUGCACCUUACGUUUUCCUCGCAUUGAGAAAAUCAGAGAAGAUAAAGAAUGGCACAAAUGUAUGACUCUUGACCUGCUAGAACAACUUAGAAGCAAAGCUUCCGGGAAGCUAGCAACUAAGCACCUUGAUAUAGGCAAUAAUGAGCCACAAGAAAAGAAACGCAAAACCAUCCCAAAGGUUAAAAAAAAAAUUGGUUUAAUGGACCACUUCAAAGCCCCUGAUCUUUCUAGUGUAAACAAAGUUUCCAGUAUGUUUGAAGAUGUUGAGUUUUGUGUUAUGAGUGGGACAGAUGGCUAUUCAAAAUAUGAGCUGGAAAGUAAAAUAGCAGAAUAUGGCGGCAGCUUAGUACAAAAUCCAGGGCCAGAUACUUACUGUGUUGUUGCAGGAACAGAGAAUGUUAGGGUGAAAAAUAUUAUUUCUUCCAAUAAGCACGAUGUAGUGAGAGCAGAGUGGCUUUUACAGUGUUUUCAGGCCAAAAGGUUUGUGCCCUGGCAGCCUGCUUUCAUGAUUCACAUGUCUCCAGAAACAAAGCAACACUUUGCCUGUGAGUAUGAUUGCUAUGGUGACAGUUACACGGCUGAUGUUGACAUAGCCCAGUUAAAGGAGGUCUUCUCAAGAAUGAAUAACUUGAAGGAAGAGCUCUCUCGGGAAGUGAUUGCUGACCUAGAAGCACGUUAUUUAUGGGACAGCUCUUGGCCGUGUUUGUUCCGGCAGUACACCAUUUACCUAGACCCUUCUGACGAAGUGAACAACUCAGGUGCCAAAAUCAGUCAAACUAGACUGUCAACUAGAGCAUUGAUCCUUCGCUUUCAUGGAGCCAAAGUACUCCCACAUCUCGAGGAGGGCGUGUCUCAUGUAAUCAGUAAAAAUGGCACAGAUUUGACAAAAAUAAAAGAAAUCAGAAGAACAUUUGAAAGGAAAUUUAAAAUAGUGUCUGAACAGUGGGUAAACGAUUCCAUAAAGGCUGGGAGGUUGCAAGAUGAAAAUAAUUACUUGAUUUAAAUUAUUCUAAUUAAUAGGAAAAGAGGUAUUGAGUUAACUUCUUGGAUAUUUAUUCAAAAUAAACCUGCUAGGCUCUCAUUAAUUCUUAGGGUUUUUUUCUGGGUUUUUCAGGCUACGUAACCGUGCUCUCAUUAAUUCUUCUGAGUCCUUUUAAUAUUUGAAGAUAAUGUUGGGAAAUCAUACAGACAUACUGCUGAAAAAUAGGGUGGGGGUUAUUUUUACUUUUCUGUCUCUUUUAUGUAGCUGUAUAUUUCAUAGGAAAUCCAGAUGUUUUACUGAAACAUCCAUUAAUAAUAUUCUUCUGCUACUUAGAACCCAUUCUACAAAUGAGUUAAUAUAGAAUAUGUGAACCAGAGGGAGCUGAUUUCCCUUAAAACCAAAUGAGUCUAAUAGGUUCCAGAAUUAUGAUUUAACCUGUUUGUGAAUGAGGGUGUUGUUCAUUUUCUAACUUUUGUAUCUAAUUAAAUAGAUGGUAUCAUUCAUUUUAAUUUUCUUUUCUCAUGAUGACAUGAUUUUUGAAUAAAUAAGGAAAUUACCCAUGUACGAAGUAUCUAUCCAUGUUUUACCGUACUUUGCUCUUAGGAGUUGCCAAAUAAUCAGAAGUGCAUUCUUAGUCAUACUUUAAGAAAUACGGAGAACUAUUGUCUUAAAUCAAUAGGCCAGUGUUGAUUUUGUGCAUAUCUUUAUAUAUACAAAAUAGAACUAUGAAAAUAGAUCUAUUUCCCACUCUAAUUAUUUGCAUUGCUGUAAUAAUAAAACUAUGUUAACUGUAUUGUAGGAUAGCUCUUUGGACUUUGUACUAUGGAUUGCAUUGUAUUUUAAUAUACUGUAUUGAUUUGUGUAGCCUUUGAGAGUUUAUUCCCUGUAAUAACAGCAGAAUUCCAAACUUCAGGCUGUAGUUUUAAAUGCACCAAUAAAGACAUUGUGGCUAUUUUCACAAGAUA